AUGCCGGCCAAGAAGUCCUUCCGCCGGCGGAGGGAGGACUCUGAGGAGGAGGAGGAGGACGAGCAGAUCGCUGAGGAAGUCAGGUUAAAAGUUGAGGAAGCCAAAGAAGUUCAGAGCCUCAGGAAGCGACCCAAUGGGGUGAGCGCUGUAGCUCUGCUUGUGGGAGAGAAGUUGCAAGAAGAAGCAACACUUGUGGAUGACCCGUUUAAGAUAAAAUCUGGGGGAAUGGUGGACAUGAAGAAGCUGAAAGAAAGAGGCAAGGACAGGAUUAACGAUGAGGAAGAUCUAAACUUGGGGACCUCCUUCUCAGCUGAAACCAACAGGCGGGAUGAAGAUGCUGACAUGAUGAAGUACAUUGAGACUGAGCUGAAAAAGAGAAAGGGAAUUGUGGAGAAUGAGGAGCAGAAGGUGAAACUUAAGAAUGCCGAAGACUCUCUGUACGAGCUGCCAGAGAACAUCCGUGUCUCCUCUGCCAAGAAAACUGAGGAGAUGCUGUCCAACCAGAUGCUGAGCGGCCUUCCUGAAGUGGACCUGGGAAUUGAGUAA